UUAGUCGGCGCAACGCUGACGUCAUUUGUGCGACGGGUUUUCUGGGGAAACAACAGCCAUGGCGGAUGUUAUGAAUGUCGGUGUGAAUUUAGAAGCUUUUUCUCAAGCGAUCAACGCCAUCCAGGCGCUUAGAUCGAGUGUAACCAGAGUGUUUGACUCACUGAAGGAUGGAAUGAAGAAUAAGGAAACGCUUGAAGGACGAGAAAAGGUGUUUAUUACGGAAUUUCAGGACAACCUGCAGGCGGUGAAUCGUGACUUGACUGAGUUGGAGCGUCUGAGCAAUCUGGUCGGCAGGCCGUCAGAGAGUCACCCGUUACACAACAGCGGCCUUCUGAGCUUAGACCCGGUUCAGGACAAAACCCCUCUGUACAGCCAGCUUCUACAGGCUUACAAAUGGUCCAACAAGUUACAGUAUCACGCAGGCUUGGCGUCCAGCCUCUUAAACCAGCAGUCCCUCAAGCGCUCAGCCAAUCAGAUUGGGGCAUCAGCGAAGAGGAGGCCGAAGGUCCAGCCCAGCACCCUCGUACUGCCCAUUCAGUACGUGGAUGACGUGAUCUCUAGGAUUGGCCGUAUGUUUCCAGACAUGUCUAUUGAGCUCUUCCGGCCCAACGGGACAUCAGCUGUGCUUCUGGUGACCCUGGGAAAGGUGCUUAAAGCCAUUGUGGUGAUGAGGAGCCUGUUCAUCGACCGCACCAUCGUCAGAGGAUACCACGAGAACGUGUAUUCCGAGGACGGCAAGCUGGAUAUCUGGUCAAAGUCCAACUAUCAAGUAUUUCAAAAGGUGACGGACCAUGCCACCACAGCCCUGCUGCACUACCAGCUGCCCCAGAUGCCAGAUGUGGUGGUGCGCUCCUUCAUGACCUGGCUCAGGAGUUACAUCAAGCUUUUCCAGACACCAUGUCAGCGCUGUGGUAAGUUUCUACAAGACGGCUUGCCUCCCACCUGGAGAGAUUUCCGUACCCUCGAGGCCUUCCAUGAUACCUGCAGGCAGUGAAUCUACAAAUUCUAGAGGAGUCAUGACACCCACUGGACGAGGGAUGAACAAAUACCAAGCAUGUGUGUCUAUGACCCUGCUUGUAUUGAAAGACUUUUGAAACCACAAGUUGCAUCUAAUGGGCCAAAUGGAAAGACUUCAAUAGUCAGGGCUGGUCAUGACCAACAGGUUAGAUGUACAUAGGUAUGCCAACGACACACUUGUAUGCAGGCUCUGGAUAGUAAAGGCAGAUCUGUAUUCUAAACAUUUUGUGAAAGACUUUUUUUUUAUUUUUAUUUUUUGUUUAAUUGCAGUUUUGUCCCAGUAGCUGUCCAGUCCCAGGUUUCACUGGAGAAAAGUCAGCUGAGAUGCUUGCUAUUGCCAGUAAACAUUAACUUCCUGUGCUCAUAUCUAGUGUUUCAAACUUCCAUAAACUUGUGUCCUACUUAGUUUUCGCUUAGCUUUUUUUUACCUUAAAAAAAAAAUGCUUCGGUGAAGCACUCCAAAGCAAAAGUCAUGCAGCACCGGUUUUUGUUGUUAUUGUUUGUGAGCUUUUUUGUAGUCUCGUUUAUAAAGAGAAAAUGUUCAAUAUUUCAUGAGUCACUCAAAGCAGGAAUGUUUUUUCUUCUUCUUUUUUUUUUUUUUUUUUUUUUUUUAAAUAAAACAGUCAACUGCUACAACUAGGUCAUAACUUCACAUGUAGCCUAUUCUAUGAACACAACAUGUUUUGUGAUUGGACAGGAAUUGCUUGUUGGGUGUUUUUUUCCCUUUUGUAUUCCAGUUUUGAUGUAAUAAAACCUUUUUUUCCCCAUUC